AUGUCAUUCUAUUCACUAAAACGACCAAUUUAUCCGCUGUUUGUCUUUCAGAUUGACAGGAAAUGCCAAUUUCCCGCUGACCGAAGUGAGGAGGCUAACGAGACACUGGAGGAGUUGAAUUUGGGCCACAGCCGUCGUACUGGCUGCACCAUCUUUCUGGCUUACACCUCCAACAUGAUCACCUCCGGCGUACGGGAGAUUCUCAAAUUUCUGGUUCAGCAUAAAAUGGUGGAUGUGCUAAUCACCUCUGCUGGUGGUAUUGAGGAAGAUUUUGUCAAGUGUAUGGCACCCUUCUACAUUGGUGAUUUCUCCAAGUGGACGGGCGCAACUCUGCGCUCCUUGGGUAUCAACAGAACGGGCAAUCUCUUAGUGCCCAACACCAACUACGUCUCAUUUGAGGACUGGCUCAUCCCUAUCUUUGACCAACUCUUAAAAGAACAGAACGAACAGAAAAUUAACUGGACUCCUUCAAAGAUAAUAGACCGCCUGGGCAAGGAGAUCAAUAACGAGGACUCCGUCUAUUACUGGUGCCACAAGGUAAUUUUUUAUGCCUAUUCAAAUGUGUCUAGCUAUCUUUUGAAGGAAAAUGGUAGAGGGCCGGCAGGCGUGCGCGGAAUCGGAUGCGGAUAUGACGCCUACUUCGUGUUAGACUCCGCUCCGACCGCUCUAGUCGUCGGUAAUUGCGUUCACCCGUUCCCCAGCACAUUCUCUCCCAUCCCAGUUGCCGGUCUCUUUACCCGCAAUUAA